AUGGCGAAAGCCAAGCACGGGGCAAGUACCAGAACUUCGCCAACUCUGCACAUAUGUGCAAUGGCUUGGUGCGGCAUUCUUCGGGACCAGCUCCCAGUAUCGAAUGGCAGCUCAAUCUACGUGGGGGGAUACAUCAGAACGAGUUCAACACAAAGUGGCGCAGACACCAUGCUCGACCACACCAGUCAUUUGACUACAUGGCUGACAACUGCAGCAAGAACAAUGACGCCUACCAGAGCUCUCAAGUCACGCCUGAGGUUGAGCGUGAGAUGA